AUGAAGAUUGAGGGACGUACUUUUAUUGUUACGGGCGGCGCCUCCGGAAUUGGUCGCGGUUGCGUCAACAUGGUCAUCCUUAACGGAGGCAAUGCUGCCGUUAUCGACACCAACAGCGAUCUCGGCGCCUCUGCGGCCACAGAACUUGGAACUUCUAUGAAAUUCUUGCAUUGCGAUAUUAACAUCACGCAAAGUGUCACCAAUGCCAUCAAGGCUGCCGUAGACUGGGCCAAGGAGGCCGGCAAGCCGAUUGGCGGCAUCAUUACUGCUGCUGGCAUUGGCCAUUCGUGCGUGGCAAGGAAACUCAACCUGCUAGAUGCAGAGCGCGUACCCUGCUCGUACGAGCAUAUUGAGACCGUUCUGAAUGUCAAUCUACGCGGCACCCUCGAUCCCAUCCGUCAACUCCUGCCUCAUCUAGCCAGUGUGUCCCCAGAGGGGCGUGAUGGAGAGCGGGUGUUGUAA